AUGCCUAGCCUGGAUGGCCAACCAUGCGAGGAGAGCAACUUCUUCUCUCGUGACUUCACUACUCACAUCAAGCCACCCAGCAACUUUGGCUUGAAGUUGAUUGCGCAGAAGUUCUGGCAGGCUUCUUACUGCCCCUUGAUGGUGGGCACCUCAGACUUUGCAGAUGGCCAGAAGGGCAAGUUCCCCUUCGAGCUGGUGUUGCGUCCCGUAGUGAAGGUGGAGUGCCCAUGCGAGGAUUAUGCCCAGUGCCUUAAGAAUCUCGAGUCCGAUUUGAUGCCCGGGCAGUCGGUCUUUGAAGUGUAUGCGAUAGAGAAGCCAGGAGCGGCCGAAGAAUUGAUCGGAAAGAUUCGCAUCGGGGAGCAUGCCCCGACAACCACGACCUUCGGCGAUGAGCAGCUGUUUUUCAAGCAUCAAUACAUGGAGGAUGACUUCCAGCUGCAGCCAGAGUGGCUUGAUGCAAUCGACUCAAAGGAGGAAUGUGGCAUGAAGGGUGUAACAACCACACCGCCCAAGGCGGACAAAGGUUGUCAUUCGCCCUUUGAUGGCAUGCUCCAGAAUGACCACGAGGUCAUCGUCUGA